AUGGCUGGAGGAGGUGGCUGGGCAGAGGGAGAGGGCUCUCAACAAACUGUGAAGAGCACAAGGUCAAAGGUCACCCCAGAGAGAGUGGCCCUGCUGGUUCUCAGUGCUCUUCUGGCUGCUGCUGUUGUUGUCCUCUGUGUUACCAGUGAUUCAUGUUAUAAAUGUGAAGAAGGCUGGGAGCAACAUGGAGGAAAGUGUUAUUACUUCUCGACCAGUAAAUCAUCCUGGAAUGAGAGCAGAGAUGACUGUAGAGCUAAAGGAGGAGACCUGGUUAAGAUAGACAGCAGAGAGGAGCAGGAAUUCCUGUGGAAAAAAGUGAGAGGCAUAAUGAAGGAUCAUGAAGACAAGUUCUGGAUCGGACUGACAGACUCAGCAGAGCAGGGCAGAUGGUUGUGGGUGGACGGAUCACCACUGAACGAAAGUUUAUCUUAUUGGAACUACAAUGAGCCGGACAACUGGCCCGAGGACGACUGUGUACUGAUGGGACCCAGCCCACGUAGACGGCAAAGGUCGGGUCCUCCGAAGGAUGCGGCCUGGGUAUAUAAGUACAAAGGGAAACGAGGAAACUGGACACAGGAGGGAGACACAGCUGAACCUAAUGAGCACGACUAG